ACAGAGAGAGAACAUGCAGAUGGUCAGCCUGUGGUGAUCCUUCUAGGCUGGGCAGGCUGCCAGGACAAAUACCUGGCCAAAUACAGCACAAUCUACAGUCAGAAGGGCUGCACCGUCAUCCGCUACACAGCUUCAUGGAAGAUGAUAUUCUUCUCUGAAACCUUUGGCAUCAGAUCCCUCCGGACCCCGGCCAGGCAACUCCUGGAGCUGCUCUUUGACUACAGCAUUGAAAACAGACCAAUUCUUUUUCAUGUUUUUAGCAAUGGUGGUGUCAUGCUGUACCGUUACAUCAUUGAGGCACUCCACACUCACAAGCCAUUUAAGAACCUCAAAAUAGCAGGCACCAUUUUUGAUAGUGCCCCUGGCAGAAGGAACUUGAGAGGAGGCCUUCGUGCCUUGGCAACUGUCUUGGUAUCCACGAAUGUGCUGCUCAAGUAUUUCCUCUUACUCGCUUUUGCUACUACAGCUGUCGUGCUGCGGAUCUUGCUGUACCCAUUGACCCGUUUCAUCCACGAGAGCCAUUACGACGCCCUGCUGAAAGCACCCUCGCGGUGGCCUGAGCUUUACCUCUACUCCCAAGCCGAUGCCAUCAUCAAGGCCAGCGAAGUUAAGGACAUGGCUGAUGCCCGGCAGCAGCUUGGUGUCUCCGUGAAAGCUGUAGACUUCUCAGAUUCGGCUCACGUCAGCCAUAUGCGGGCAUAUCCCACUUAUUACAACAACCUCUGUAUGACGUUCCUGUCUGACUGUGUCGGGGGCUCACCUCGUUAGUGGUGUAAUGACUGCCAAUGUUUGCCUCUGCUUUGCUCAGCUUGUAUGGGAAAUGUCACCCCC